AAACGUUGGAGUCAGCCGGACAAUGCGAUGGCGACAAUGAAGAAGACAUACAACGGAUGCUCGAAGAAGCAAACCUUGUAGUGGCAGAGAUCGAAAAGGAUGUACUUAAAGUCUGUAAAUCAACGAUGCAGGCACCUGCCCCAAGUACAGAAGCGCUAGGAAAGAAACCUUCACUAUAUUCAUGGAUGUACCCGAAAACCAUCAACCUACAACUCGUCACUAAACAAGGGGUAUUAACAGUCGUGAAGCGAGACGACCUCCCUGUACAUGAUUCGCAUGCCUACAUCACGGACCCCCAAGUACUGGCCUUCAAUCUUCCCCAUCACAUGAUUUCUGACAUCCAAGUUAUCACUGGGUUGUAUCCAUUCGUAUACAAAGUGAACGUCGAAGGUCAAACCAUGGUUGCCAAACUGGGUCGAAGCGAGCCGCACGAUUCGAUAACCGACGAAAUAAAAAAGCUGUACGGCGUUCAAACUUCGGCGCAAGGGCCGCUGGCUAGGGUUCCACAACUCAAGGGCUUCGUAUCAUCGCCAAUGGGUGUUGUUGGGUUUCUGACCAACUAUAUUCCCUCUCUUUGCCACAAUCUUGAGUAUCUCUUGGCCUGUGCAAGAAUCACAGGUGGUACGGUUCCCAAAAACAAAGACGCUCCUUCACCAGCAAUCACUAUCAGCAAGGCACGAAAGGAGAAGUGGACGAGCCAGAUUCAGGAAACGCUGCAGUCGCUCCAUGCUCGCAAUGUCAUUUGGGGCGAUGCAAAGUUGGCGAACAUUCUGAUAGAUGAAGUGACUGACGACUCUUGGAUUGUUGAUUUUGGAGGGGGGAAUACGCAGGGUUGGAUUGAACGUGAUUUACAUGGCUCAAAAGCUGGAGAUCUACAAGCGCUUGACCGCAUUACGGCAGAGCUAGCUGCUGUCUGGCUAUAACAUUUAAAAUCAUGAUACG